AUGUAAGAAAUUAUAAUUAUAGGAAUAGGAUAAUGUGGAAUAAAUUUAGGAUUAGAAUUCAUAAAAUAAUUAAAUUAUGAUCAUUGUUUAAAUAAUGUUUAAGAAAUAAGUGAUUAUAAUAGAUACAAAAAGAAAAUCAAUGUUUUUUAUAAUGAAAAUUCUAAAUAGCAAUAUAUUCCUAGAUGUUUGUUUCUAGAUUUAGAACCAAGUAAUACCAUUUUAUAUGGUUAGGUUCUAUAGAUAAAUUAUAUUAACAGAAAGAUGUAAUUAUUGAUCCAAAUUGUUGUUUUUCAAUGAAUUGUGGAAGUAGCAAUAAUUUUGCAAUUGGAAAAUAUACUGAUGGAGCUGAAUUAAUGGAUAAAUGUAAACAUGUCUUAAAUAAAUAUUUUGAAAGAUCAGACAAUCUAUAAGGAAUUAUGAUGUUUUUUUCAACAGGAGGUGGAAGUGGUUCAGGUAUUGCAAGUAAUUUAAUAUAUUACUUUCGGGAAAAAGACUUAACUAAAAUAGUACAUUGUAAUCCUGUAUUUCCUUAAGGAAUUUCACAUAAUAGUUUAGAAAUAUAUAAUACAAUAUUGAUUAUGCAUUCCAUGAUUGAAACUGUAGAUAUAGUUACACUUUAUGAUAAUGUUGCAUUAUAAAAUAUGUGUAAUAGAAAUUUCUUACCUUCAAAUUAUGAGAAUUAUAAUAAAAUCAUUGCAGAAAGUUUAAUUUAAACAACUGCUUCAUAUCGAUUUCCAGGAUUUAUAAAUGGAGGAAUGAAAAAACUUUCAUUAAAUCUAAUACCAUUUCCAAGACUACAUUUUUUAUAAUCUAAGUACAUGAUUGUUAAUUAAAUGGAUUGGAAUAUGAAUGAUAUUCUAAAAGAUCAAUAUAAAUUAUGUUCUUCUGAAGACAAUUUAUCAAAUGAAUAUCUAUCUUAUCAAAUAUAAAUGAGAGGUAAUUGUUUUGGAAUGCCUGAAUCUCCAACAUUAUUGAUUAAAAAAGAGAAUCUUUAUUAAUUUAUCGGUAUUGAUAAUCAUUAGAGAGUACAUACUAAUGUUUAACAUAGAGAUCAUGAAAAUAUUGUUGGGUUUUUAGGAAAUUCAAUUGGAUUUCAUAAAUAUAUUAAAAAAUAUUUAGAUGAUUUCUCCCAUAUGUUUAGAAGAAAAGCGUUUGUUUAUAUUUAUGAAUAUACUGGAAUGGAUGAAAUGGAAUUUAUUGAAGCUGAAAGUAAUUUAUAAGACUUAUCAUCUGAAUAUCGUUAAUAUAGUCAAAGUUAUGAUGAUUAUGAUGAAGAAGCUGAAUUCUGA